UGCUGAGCUCUGAGCCCAUCUGUCUGUCUGUCCAUCCUAUGCCGUGAUCCGAUGUGCUGACCCCCUGGACCAAGACCACCCAGACCAAGACCACGCGGAUCAGACCCCUCAUCGCCUCCUCCUCUCCUCCACCUGGAAAGCUCGCUGUGUAUUGAGGGCCUUUUGCAUUGCUUCGAUCUGGGAGCCCUGGAAUCCCCCUCCUUCUGGCAUCACCUCCAGCUGGAGCUGAGCUGCUGCAAUAAUGGAGCUGAGGAGCGUGGUAGCCAGCGUGGAAAGCGGGGAGCAGGACACGGUUCUCAGGGUGCUUCAGAUCUACAACCGGGAGAAAUCUCAGUGCUUCACCUUUGAUGAUGAAGAGCGGGAAGAGCGGAAGAAAAUGGCCCAGCUGCUGAUCAAAUUCCUGGAGAGGGAGCUCCAGCCGUCCUGCCGGGUGACGUGUCUGGAGAGCAUCCGCAUCCUGUCCCGGGACAAACACUGCCUCGACCCGUUCACCACCAAGGAAGGUCUGAAGACCCUCUCCAGGCAUGCCGGCAUUGACUACUCGGAGGAGCUCAUCCGGGAGGUGCCAGACUUGGAUGUCAUCCUGGAAUCUCUCAAAUGCCUCUGCAACGUUGUCUUCAGCAGCUCCAGGGCGCAGGAGCUGACGGCGGAAGCCCGGCUGGUGGUGGGGCUGGCCAAGCGCAUCAAACUGUACAACGAGGGGAGCCUUCCUCAUGAGGUCAAGUUCUUUGACCUGCGCCUGCUGUUCCUGCUGACAGCGCUGAGGGUGGACAUCCGGCAGCAGCUCGCCCAGGAGCUCCGGGGCAUCAGCCUGAUGACGGACACAUUGGAGCUGACCCUGGGCGUGAAGUGGAUGGACCCCUAUGAAGUUGCCACUGAGGAGGGACCUCUCCCACCUUUGCCUCGGCAGGAGACGGAGCGAGCCAUGGAGAUCCUGAAAGUGCUCUUCAAUAUCACCUUUGAUUCCAGCAAGAGGGAGGUGGAUGAGGAAGACGCUGCGCUGUACCGGCACCUGGGCGCCCUUCUGCGCCACUGCCUGAUGAUCUCUGCUGACGGAGAGGACAGGACGGAGGAGUUCCACAGUCACACGGUGAACCUCCUGGGCAACCUGCCCCUGAAGUGUCUGGAUGUCCUCCUGACCCCGAAAGUCCAGCCAGGCUCACUCGAGUACAUGGGUGUCAACAUGGAUGCAGUCAGCAUCCUCCUGGAUUUCCUGGAGCGACGCCUCGACAGGGGACAUAAGCUGAAGGAGAGUUUGACCCCUGUGCUGAACCUGCUGACCGAGAGUGCCCGUGUCCACCGCCAGACAAGGAAGUUCCUGAAGGCCAAGGUGCUGCCGCCGCUUCGGGAUGUCAGGAAUCGUCCGGAGGUGGGGAACUCGCUGAGGAACAAGCUGGUGCGCUUGAUGACACACAUCGACACUGAUGUGAAGCACUGCGCGGCAGAGUUCCUCUUUGUGCUCUGCAAGGAGAGUGUGUCGCGCUUUGUGAAGUACACGGGGUAUGGGAACGCGGCUGGGCUCCUGGCAGCACGAGGCCUCAUGGCUGGUGGCCGUGAAGAGGGAGAGUACUCGGAAGAUGAGGACACAGACACUGAGGAGUACAAGGAGGCAAAGCCCAACAUUAACCCCGUGACAGGACGCAUUGAGGAGAAACUGCCCAACCCCAUGGAAGGGAUGACAGAAGAGCAGAAGGAGUACGAAGCCAUGAAGUUAGUCAACAUGUUUGACAAGUUGUCCAGAGAGCAGGUGAUACAGCCCAUGGGCAUCACACCGAGCGGCAACCUGGCCCCCAUGGAGAACGCCAUCCGCGACAUGGCAGACGAUCGGUCAUCCUCCGACUCCGACCUGGGCCUGGACUGAUCCCGACCUCUUGCCCUGGCCUUGGAGAGCUGGGGAGCCUCUGUCCCCUCUCCCUCCGGAACUGACGCUGCACCCAGAGGCUCGUACUGGGCCAGAACCCUCCCUGUGGGAUCUGGAUCCAGCCUGGACCCCUCGCAGGCCACAAGGAACACCUUCUGCCUGCUUCCCAGUUCCAUAACCACCUCUCCUUCCAGAGCGCCUUCAUGGCCUGGCUCCACCUUGGUCUCCUCUUGGCAGCCUUGAGGAUUUCACACUCCACGUUGCUUCCAGGACUUCCCAGUAGGAUUUUGGUUUUAAAUAGGUGAUGUUUGGGCAGAAGAGGGGACGGGAGGAUCUCUGUCACACCAUCCCAGGCCUGCAUAGCAUCUCGUGUGUGUGCGGCUGCUCGGCAGCACAUGCGCCGCUGUGCCUGGCUGUGGGGAAGCUGUUCCCGGGAAGGUAAGGGCUGCAGGAGAUGGGCGAGCGGUUGUUCACGGCGGCUUUGGGAGCGGUGUUGGUGCAGUGCAGCAGGAGGCAGCUGUACGCGUGCUCUGCAUGGCUGUGAGCACGAUGGCUGUGCAGAACUGGGAGCGUGCAGACCUGGGAGCGUGUCUGAGGCAGAGGGAGCAGCGGGAUGGGUGCUGUGGGCCGUGAACAGAGCCUUUGUGGGGAGCUUCCGGCAUUCCCAUUGGCCACUGGAGGGAAAUGUGAAGGUCUCGAUGUCCCUGUGACCACAGAGUUUAGCUUCUGCCUUCAGCCUUGCCCCAGCUCUGCACUUUCUGAAGGAAAGGGCAGAGCCCGCGCUCCGCCUGCCGCCUCCACCCCUGCCUUCCCCACUGCCUCUCGCACCAGGCGCUGGCGUUGCUCCCACCCUUCGCUAUGGCUUAGAUCAGGCUUUGGUUCUGGUUUUUUUUUCAUUUUAAGGAAGAGUGUUUUAAAGGAAAUGGUCCGGUUUGUCUCCUGUAGCAGUGCUCCAACUGUCCUGUCGCGAGUAGGAAUGCAAGCGAUGCUAGAAUAAAGACAACCUGACAUCGGGCGCAUGGUGGUUAUUCC